AUGGCAUGCUUUAAGAAACUCCACAUGAGCAACUGGAAGUCACUUACAGCCGUUUUAUGUCUGUUUGGAUUUCUAAUCAACUGCAGACCACUGGAGCCUUUUCUCACGGCAUAUCUUGUUGGGCCGUAUAAGAACGCCACAGAACAGCAGGUCAUAAAUGUUCUGUUCCCAAUAUGGACUUAUUCCUAUCUGGCACUCCUCUUUCCUGUCUUCAUGGUCACAGAUCUUCUGCGCUACAAGCCAGUGAUGGUCUUGCAAGCAGUUUUUGCUGUCAUCACCUUUGUGUUACUCUGCUUUGCUCAGGGCAUUGCAUCACUGAAGGCUGUGCAGUUCUGCUUUGCAAUGGUCACUGCCACUGAGGUGGCAUAUUUUUCUUACAUCUACAGCAUGGUACCAUCUGAGCAUUAUCAGCAAGUAACCAGUUUUCUGAGAAGUGCCAAUCUGCUUGGCUUCAUGUCAGCUGCCAUACUUGGACAACUUUUAGUUUCCUUUGCAGAGCUGCCCUACUUUUACCUUGGUACCAUUACCAUCGGGGCAGAAUCUGCAGCUUUGCUUUUAUCAAUAGUCCUUCCUAUGCCAAGCAGAAGCAUGUUCUAUAGAAGUGAAGAUCCGGCACAGUGUAAUCAAAUGGAUCUUAGUAAAAAGGACAUGAAUAGCAGUGAUGCCAAAGAGGCACCAGUUUGUGAAAAUGUUUCAGCCAUGAUGGAAGUAAAGCGCAUCCCACACAAGAGGAUUACAAGGGAGAAUGUAUCAAAAACACUUUCUCAAUUAUGGUACAGCUUUAAAGUGUGCUACUCUUCUAGGAAGGUCAUUUAUUCAUCUCUCUGGUGGGCCUUUGCAACUUGUGGACACAACCAGGUCUACAAUUAUACCCAGUCUCUUUUUCAGCACAUUGCUCCAUCUGGAAAUUUCUCUGUUUACAAUGGUGCAGUUGAAGCUGCCGCAAGUGUGGUAGGCUCAAUGGCAUCCUUCUCUGUGACUUUUAUGACGCUGGAUUGGGAUACUUGGGGAGAGCUCAUUCUUGGAAUCUUCUCCUCCGUAAGCACCAGUGCCAUUUUCAUGAUGGCUUUCACAGAUUCCAUCUGGCUCUGUUAUGCUGGUUACAUCAUACUGAGAGCUUCAUACGUGCUGCUCAUCACAAUAACUAUGUUCCUAAUUGCUGAUAAUCUUUCAGAGGAGUGCUAUGCAUUGAUGUUUGGGAUUAACACCUUUGUUGCGCUGCUGCUUCAGACUUUGCUUACUGCUAUCGUGGUGGAUGAAAGCAGUCUGGGAUUAGGCAUUGUUAAUCAGUUUAUCGUCUAUGGCAGUUAUUACACUGUCAUUUCUGCGAUUUUUCUUUUAAGAGGAAUUUAUGUGCUGUGCUAUAAAUGGAAACAAAGGAAGCCACAGGGACAUGAAGAUGUGCUGAGUGAAGCCCCCGUUGUUAUCUUCUCUCAAAAACUGUGAAGAUCACUUCAAAGUAACAGAAGUGGACCAUUGAGCUCUUCGGUGCUCUUAAAACACAAAGCCUCUUGUCCACUAGUAGCAGCUUUUGCAUUCACAUAUUGUGAGCACAGAAUGAAACUUACAAAGCACUUUAAAAAUAUGCAGUUUUUAUAGUGCCUUUCAUACAAGACAUGAUAAUACAGACACCCCACUUCUGUAGUUAAGAUGAACAUUCCUUUGAAAUGAAGUAAUCUUAAAAACAUAAUAAAAUAAUGCUCUGAAAAAUUAAUUGACC